GACAGACCGAACAUAUAAGAAGGAAACCAGAGAUCUGGUGCUAUUACGUCCCAGAAUCUAAGGGAACGAAUAAGCACAGAAUUUAAAGCAUUCUUCAGCCUGAAUUUUUAAGGGGUACAUUUAGGAACUAGGCAAGCUGAUUCAUGAUAACUGCUUUAAACUCCAACAACCAAAGGCAUAAGAAUUAGGAGUUGCUGACAUUUCAACAUGAAGGGCAACUUCACCCUUGCCACCAUCAGCGAAAACAUCACCAGCAGUCUUUACUUUGGACUUGUGAACAUCUCUGGCAACAAUGAGUCUACCUUGAACUGCUCACAUAAACCAUCAGAUAAGCAUUUAGAUGCAAUUCCUAUUCUCUAUUACAUUAUUUUCAUAAUUGGAUUUCUGGUCAAUAUUGUUGUGGUUACACUGUUUUGUUGUCAAAAAGGUCCUAAAAAGGUUUCCAGCAUUUACAUCUUCAACUUGGCUGUGGCUGACUUACUCCUUUUGGCUACUCUUCCUCUCUGGGCAACCUAUUAUUCUUACAGAUAUGACUGGCUCUUUGGACCUGUGAUGUGCAAAGUGUUUGGUUCUUUCCUGACCCUGAACAUGUUUGCAAGCAUUUUUUUUAUCACCUGCAUGAGUGUUGAUAGGUACCAAUCGGUCAUUUACCCCUUUCUGUCUCAAAGAAGAAACCCUUGGCAAGCAUCUUAUAUAGUUCCCCUUGUUUGGUGUAUGGCCUGUCUGUCCUCAUUGCCAACAUUUUAUUUUCGAGAUGUCAGAACCAUUGAAUACUUAGGAGUGAAUGCUUGCAUAAUGGCUUUCCCACCUGAGAAGUAUGCCCAAUGGUCAGCUGGGAUUGCUUUAAUGAAAAAUAUCCUUGGUUUUAUUAUCCCUUUAAUAUUCAUAGCAACAUGCUAUUUUGGAAUCAGAAAACACUUACUGAAGACCAAUAGUUAUGGGAAGAACAGAAUAACCCGUGACCAAGUCCUGAAGAUGGCAGCUGCUGUUGUUCUGGCGUUCAUCAUUUGCUGGCUUCCCUUCCAUGUUCUGACCUUCCUGGAUGCUCUGGCCUGGAUGGGUGUCAUUAAUAGCUGUGAAAUUAUAGCAGUCAUUGACCUGGCACUUCCUUUUGCCAUCCUCCUGGGAUUCACCAACAGCUGCAUUAAUCCUUUUCUGUAUUGUUUUGUUGGAAACCGGUUCCAACAGAAGCUCCGCAGUGUGUUUAGGGUUCCAAUUACUUGGCUCCAAGGCAAGAGAAAGAGUGUGUCUUGCCGUAAAAGCAGUUCUCUUAGAGAAAUGGAGACCUUUGUGUCUUAAACAGGAGAGUGGAAUGCAUGUAAUCAACAUGGCUACUUGGUUUGAGGCCUACCUGAAUUAUCUUUAAAUGGCUUUUGUAAAAUAAUAGUUUUUCCCUCUAAUCUAAUCUUUUCUCACUCUUCUAGAACAGGAAACCAAAUGUAACUAUAAGUUUUAUCCUCCACUGACUUUCAGGAAUUGCCCAUUGUUUUUAUGGUAUGUUUGUACAAGAUUGUCAUUGGUGAGGCAUAUUCAUAACCUAGAAGUAACUGGUGAUUAUCUCAAGUUAUAAUUAAUAGUGAAUUGUGAAUGAUGAUUUGGGGUUUUAGAUUUUUCCUUGAAAAAUGCUGGCAUUCUUAGUGGGUUUUCUAUCCAUUUUCAUCAUCCUUUCCUCUUGAACUGGGCCAGUCUUUUAACUUGUUGCAUUAUUUACAAGACAACAUUGUAAGAGAGAUGAGCACUUCUAAAUUGAGAAUAUUAUAAUAGAUUAGUACCAGAUUAUUCAGGCUCUAGGCAAAUGCUUUCUACCUUAAAAAAAUUAUAAAUUAUAUCCCUCUUAUAUUUCACUUUGAGCAUAGGUUUAUACUUAAGAUAUAACUACAUAUUGAGUAUGGCUAGGAAUAUAGAUUAAAUCACACUCCUAUAUUUUAGCUUAUUUUUACAGUUAUAGAAAAUAAAAUGCAUAAUAACAUAGAAUUGCAAUUAACAAAUAUUUGAGUAUUCACUAAACUCUGAAUAAACACUUUUAAAAAACUUAUCCAUUUCAACUAUUUUUAAAGCUUUAUAUUUUCUCUGAUAAUUUUUGAAAACAAUAAUUAAGCACUAUGUAUUGUUAUAAAAUGUAAACGUCACUUUUUACAUCCUUGACCUUUUCAAUGUGGUGCUUUGAUAUAUGGGACAUUGACUUGAUUUUUAUUAUUGAUGCUUUGGUUUGGGGUUGCUUCUCAAAAUAUCUGGGUGGCUUCUUUUAACUCUUUAACUUGUAGUAAACCCUUAACUAUUAAUAGCACAGGAAAAGGUUAUGUUAGAAUGGAAUUUUGAUACCUGAGGUUGGGGGCAAAGACACCCAGCCAAUUAAAUGUUUGGUGUCAAGCAAGGAAUUUGUGAGGGCAGUGCAAUGUGGAUUUGAAAAUAUAGACCAUAGGGGUAGUUUUAACCUAUAUCUAUGGAUACAAUUUGUUUCAGGAUAUGUAGGAUUUUGUGGGGGUAUUUUAAACCAAUUGCUGGUGCAUAGAUCUUCUUUUCAGUAUUAUCAGAGCUCCUAAGUUAGAGGACUACCUGAAACUGAGUUACCUAAAGUUUACUUAGAGUAUGAAUCUUAAUUUUAGAAAUUCAGGAUUUCAUUCUGCACCAGCUCCAUAUUAUACCAGCUUACCUAGGACUUUCCUAUACCAAAACUAACCUCUAAGGUAGAACUAAAAUUUUGGGAGCUCAGCAUCUCUGUCAGGUUCCAGGGCUAAAUAUUGAAAAAUCCUCUCACACCACUUUCUGAGAAAGUCCUAAUUUUAUGUAGUCAUAUAAUUUCAAUAAAAACAAAUAGCUCAAUGUAUAACCAACUAUGAAUUAAUGUUUUAAAUAAUUUUGUAAAACAUCUCAUAUAAAUAAAAUGUUUAAUUGGAAGA